CGGGGACAGACGGGAGCUAAUAUAAACGUCCUGCCCUUCACUCGGGGCUAUCAGGGGCUAAGAAAACAGGGCUUCCUCUGCCACUGACCUCAGGCGCUUCAAAGAAACAGCGGGACGCGCUGAGCUCCGGCCCAUGUAGAGCGGCCAGCGGUCAUGGCCACGCUGGAGGGCUGCCGCUGUCGGGGUGCCAGCGGUCGAAACAACAACAGCAGUAUUCUCUACAGCAUUUUGAAGAGCGAUAGCCUUGUGACCGGCGAGGAGCAACAGCAACAUCCCCAACAACAAACACUGCAACACUUGUUCCAGAAGACCCCCUCUUGCGCGUCAGCCUCUCUGCAGGAGGUCCGACAGCAGGCUUGCUCCUGCGGCUCGACGCGGCGCCGAGGGAUCCUCCGCUCCCCGCAGGUGACUUGCAAAGCAGCGUCCGCAGUUCUGGUGAAGACGCUGCGGUUCGUGAAAAACGUCCCCUGUUUUCGCGAGCUGCCGGAGGACGACCAGCUUAUGCUGAUUCGGAGCGGCUGGGCGCCUCUGCUCGUCCUGGGACUCGCACAAGACCGGGUGGACUUUGAGACCACGGAGACCGUGGAGCCGAGCAUGUUGCAGCGCAUCCUCACAGGUUGCCCGGGCAGACAGAGCGAGGCUGUGGUCGGCCAGAACAGGGGGGCACCCGGGGUCUCUGUUGUGGACAUCGAAGCUAUCAAAGCCUUCCUAAGGAAGUGCUGGAGUGUAGAUAUUAGUACGAAGGAAUACGCGUACCUGAAGGGAGCUGUGCUCUUCAACCCAGAUCUGGAGGGUCUGCGCUGUCUGCACUACAUCCAGUCGCUGCGUCGAGAGGCGCAUCAGGCUCUGAACGAGCACGUCCGGCUGAUCCAUCGCGAGGACACGACGCGGUUCGCCAAGCUGCUCAUAGCUCUCUCCAUGCUGAGGGCCAUCAGUCCGCCAGUGGUCGCUCAGCUCUUCUUCAGACCCGUCAUAGGGACCGUCAACAUCGAAGAGGUGCUCAUGGAAAUGUUCUACGGGAAGUAGGUCAACAGGUUCAUAGUGGACUCAGAUGAAUUCAGCAGGUCCAGCUGUCAGAUUGACUGAAAUGCUCAAAGAUUUUAUUGGAUAGCAAGUGAGGGCAGAUGAGGACGACGUUUGGGACAGAAGCUAUUAAAAAAAAUGUGUUUGGGAAAUCUUCAGUGACUGUGAAAUGACCAACUCAAGCAAGUAUGUGAGAAUGCAUGUGAGAAUGAGCAACACAGGAAAAGAAAGAGUGUGCGUUGAGGGCAAAAUGUCACAAUAGAGGAAAAAUAUAAAGCAG